AUGGGUUGCGGAGGAAGUUGUUGCAGCAAGAGUACACCACCGAAGCGGACGUCUUCGUUUCACAUGCGGAAGUUGCCUAAGGUGGUCCCGGAAGGAAUGGUUCUCCAACCAGAUCGUCAACUCCACGAUGCCUACGUGAAGGACUUGAACCGGUUUUUGAGGAAGGUGCAAAAGCAUCCGCUCACCUUCACGAACUACGUGGAGACAGCUCGUUCCGAUGGUUUCGAUUCUAUUGGCGUGGACGAGGAUAGUAGUGAAGUUACGCAGAGAAGGUGCCAACCCGAAUCCAACGCGAAG